CCGCGGAGAAGGAUGCGAUCCCCAACCGAACCCUUGAAGAUGAAGCAUUUCAAGUUAUCGACAAGGCCAAGAAAAAGUUAGAGAAAGUCUGCAAAGGGACGGUCUCAUGUGCAGACAUUCUUGCAUUCGCCGCCAGAGACAGUGUUGCACAUUACGGAGGAACUUUCUACGCGGUCCCAGCAGGCAGAAGAGAUGGAAAGAUCUCCAGAUCAAGCGACACCAUCGAUCUCCCUCCUCCGACGUUUAACCUAAUACAACUCACUAAUUCAUUUGCCUCGAAAGGGAUGAGCCAGGAUGACAUGAUCACACUCUCAGGAGCACAUACCAUCGGCGAAGCGCACUGUCCUACAGUCUCCAACAGGCUGUACAACUUCAGCCGGAAGGCGAGCACCGACCCAACCUUGAACCCCAAGUAUGCCUACCAGCUGAAGAGGGAAUGCCCUCCGGGGAGCAACAACGAGGUGGACAUGGAUCCACCCAGCCCUCUCACGUUCGACACCAGCUACUACAGCAACCUCCUCGAUAACCGCGGCCUCUUCACCUCCGACCAAACCCUCAUGUCCACGCCUGCUACCGCGGGAAAGGUGAGGCAGUUAGCAGGCAGUUCUGUGCUCUUCAAGCAGAAGUUCGCAGCUGCCAUGGUGAAGAUGGGCAAAAUUGGUGUCCUCACCGGUGAACAAGGCGAGAUACGCAACUACUGCAGAGUGGUGAACUAGUGGGCACAAAGUCGUCUCCUAUUAUACGAUGCAUUUUGUUUGUUUGCUUCAUCUUUUUCUGAUAUUGCUACGGUCGAUCAUAAAGGCGCAUGCUGUUGUGCUGAUUUCCUCUAUUAUGUAUUUUGAAAUGUGCCAAAGAAGUGCUUUUUUGAAAUUUAAUUUGUUUAUGUUUCGGUGAAAA